GCUAACCUUUAGCGUCUAUAUUAUUUUAAAAACUGUGUUGAUAUUUGUUUCAUAUAAAAAUAUUGUUUUUUCGAUAUUAGAAUGGCUGGAGUUGACGCUGUAGUGGAAGAAAAAAAGGACGGCUUCGAUUCAGUAGACCGUCAAAAGGUUUGCCCGUUUCUGCUGAGAGUUUUCGUUUCUUCAACGGGUUUUCAUCACAAAUUAACCGAAUACCAUAAAGGGAACACGCCGACAAAUGAAUUGCAGAUCUACACAUGGAAAGACGCCACACUCCAUGAGCUUACCCAGUUAGUGAAAGAAGUGAAUCCUGAAGCACGUCGAAAAGGUACAAAAUUCAGUUUUGCGCUGGUGUAUCCAGACCAGAGAGUCCCGACUUUCCGGUUAAGAGAAGUUGGGAACACUAUAACAGGAAUAAAGGGUCCAGAUGAUUUUAAAACUUUGGGGCACUUUAGGAUUACCAUCGGAGAUUACAUGGAUAUUGCAAUUACCCCUCCCGACACCUGGAAUUCGAAUAGGGGCAAAGGUUAUAAUAACAAUUACAAUAGCAGACAGAGGCCAUAUUAAAGCUCUUAAUUUAUUCUCUUAAUGUUUCGAGUACAUAUGGUUUAUUGUGAAUUAAACUUUUUUUAUCCAUAUAAUUCCAAAUUAAUUAUUUAUGAGUUCAAAUAGAUUGUAAGUUUAAUUAAAACAUUAUUUUUAACAAUAAAA